GGCGACGCGGCGCGUGCGGCAUACCGAAUUUAAAUCAGGCUGGUGCUGAGGCGCGGCGGGCUGCAAGCGUCAGGCCAGGCCUCUAGAGCAGUGGCGCCUGCAGUGGUCGCAGAUCAACCGUGGCCUCCGACCGCUGUGGACCUGCUCAGUAGCGCGCCGUGGAGAAAGGACCAGUGCUUGUUGCGACACCACCUCAGAACGAACAUGAAGAUCUUACCCUUGAUAGUGCUGUUGGCAUGUGUGGCGUGGGUGAAUGCACGGCCACAAGAGGAGGGCGAAGCUCGGGCCGCUCCAUCCAGAGGUCUGCUCAAACGUGGUCUAGCGAAAGGGAAACAAACUACAACGACAACCACACAAGCUCCACAGGAGGAGGCAGAAUAUGAUGAAGACUAUCCAGCGGAGGGCGAGGAGCCUUCAACAGAGGCGCCACCAUCGUCUACGGAAGGAAAGAAGUUAAUCGGCGGUGGAGUACGGCCCUUCAGAAGCAACACUGACUUAUUAGCGAUUCUGAAAAGAAAGAGAGCUGAAGCAGCUGAAGCCAAACUUCACGGACAAUCGAGCUCUGCUGCCGCCUCGUCGCAGGACAUUGUAACAGAAGCACCAGCAAAAUCUAGCUACAGUAAGAAGCGGUUCAACAAUCAGCCGGCACGAGAGAGCAACAAUGAGGAAGCGCCUGUUGCCACAAAACCCAGUAGAGGACGGUUUGGACGGCCAUCAUCAAGAUCUGUGUCGGAGCCCGAGCAAGAAGAACAAAAUGAAGCUGCCGCUCCCAUCUCGAGAGGUGGCAGAACGUUCCCUAGGCGAGGCAGCAACUAACUUCAUAGCCACGUCUUCUUAAAUAAGCCCUCUUAAAUACUCCUUUGGUAUCAUUCAAUCGAGGAUACAAUACAAUCUUCAUACCAUAACAUAAUUUUCUGGCGUCUAACGUUUCAACUAUUUUUAAUAUAAUAAAUUCUCCAAAUGUGAUUUAAAAAUGAAUGAAUUAAUUAUUUCUUAAAAAAAAGAUGAUAAA